AUGGAUUCGCCCAAUCCAGAUAUGUCCUUACAUCUUUUGUUAUAUUCUGACACAGAUUACGAGGAGAGGCGGUUAAGAGUGGGAGUUAAUGAGAUUACAAAGGGCUUUCUCAACUCGAUUAUCUAUUUCAAACUGGGUAUUACUGCAGCAUGGGAAAACCGCUUACUUUACUAUGAAAGCCAUAGUUUUAAUGUAAAAGAUUUGAUCUGUCUACAAAGCGAAGGUGACCUUGCCCUAUUCAAGGUGCAACUAAUGUCGCUUGGGUUCGCCAAGCUUGGCAUUAAAGCCAAAAGCCGCAAGAGUCUAAGUCGGAAAACGAGAUACUUGAUUGAGAUAAGCGAAAGGCAAAGCGGUGACAAUUUAGCGGGCAAAAACCACGAAAACUGUGCUACCUGCUCCACGGGACGCCGGAAGCCCAUGGCCAGAGGGCAAAAUGCAGGUUUGAAAUUUGUACAAGACUCAACCGAAGUAGUGAAGCAGGGCCGAGAAAUACACUUGGGGAUUAUGUGCGAUGGUUGCCAUCACGAAGCGCGCAGGUUAAAGUGUUGUGCGUCGUCUCUUUUGCCCAAGGACUUUAUACAAGGAACAAGGUUCAAAUGUACACUUUGCGAGGAUUUAGACUUGUGCUCCUCGUGCAAGGCACGCGGCAUCGAGCCUUUCGCGCAUCACAAGAACCAUCUUAUGCUCAAAAUCGACACUUCUCAAAACACUCACUGCAGACCAGAUCCGGAGACAGCACUGAGCGCUCUGAUAGCGAUUGCCUUUCUUUUGAAAACCUUCUUUGAGUGGUUAAGCAAGCCCAGACAUGAGGUACCAAAGGAAAUUCAAGUGAAGUCUAUACGAAAGGUUUGUGUCAUUGAGGAGGAGCCCUCAGCUAGGGGAGAAACAUCAAAUAAAUGUGUUCCUAGCUCAAUCAUGCAAGGGUGA